AUCACACAGCCAACAUAGUCCCUCCAAUCAAAUCACAAACAUCGAGCCUCAUCAACCAAACAAAAGCUGCUAUCGAUCAACUCAAGAAGACACGUGAUCGGCUCUUCAGCUCUGCCAUUGGUCCGUCGAGUGACAGUCAGUGUAUGAUACCGAGUAUGGACACGCCCCCAUACACGUGUAGAGAGUUUAUACAAUGGAAGUGCCAGAUGGUUCCAACAUUUAGCACGUACGAUCCAGUUAACAGAGUUAUUUCAGUUGAUUGUAAAGGGAUGUUUCGAGUCAAUCAGGUCGAUAGGGCGGAGUCCGAAUUCGCACUAUCACCGGACAACUUCAGACAACCGCCAUUUUGGGAAUACUUCGAAGGAGCGCAAAACAUCUCCAUGGAAACCGAAUAUGCCGACGUCGCCUGCAAAAAUAAGCUAUUUCAAGACGUUCACAAUUACCACACGCAGUUCAUCCCAAAACCCGGCGUUGAUUGGCUCCAAGGAAGUGCACUUAGGACUAUCCGCCUCAAAGAACCCCAGUGGAAACCGGUCUCUAUCCUUACCAUAGUUCUAGACUCAACUUCGAGGGCCCACUUUCACAGGAAGUGCGGACUGCCCAAGACUGCCGCCAUGCUGCGAAAGUAUUAUGACGGAAUGUCAUUAGGCUUGUCCCAUCAGUCAUUCAUGUUUAAUCGGUUCAAUGGAAUCAGCAGUGCAACGGUUCUCAACCUGACCCCUCUCUUCACCGGACAACUUUAUGAAAAUGUAGAUGCGGAGAAAGUCAGACAGAGAAUCUACGGAAAAGAGAUAUCAGAAUGGAUAUGGCAGUAUGCAGAGUCCAGAGGGUAUCUAACAAGCUAUGGUGUUGAUAACGGUAGCGGUAUGAUGGGUACUCGAACACAUUGUAAGGCUUGUUUAUACAGACCCCCUGUGCUGCCUCAUAUUGAGCAUGGAUGGAAACAGCGGGAGAAUGAACGGGUUUCCUACACCUCUUUGUCAGGCUUGUGUGAAGGCAACCACAUGAUACAUGAACAUAUUCUCAACUACACCAGGGACUUUUUACGUCAUCCUCAUCCUGCCAAGUGGGCUGCGCUGGACCUCAAUGCGGGUCACAGGAGAGAGAUGGAAUCAGUCAACCAAGUCGACAAUGAAUUAUCUAAAGUUCUACAGACGCUGCUUAAUGAGGAUAAAAAUCUUGUGGUGUUUUUGCUUGGUGAUCACGGCAAGCCCUUCCAGAAAGACCCAUCUCAUAUUGGAAGUCAUUAUGAGACACUCCUCCCUUUCUUGUCGGUUACCAUGCCAACAUGGAUGCUACAUCAGAGACCCGACGUCUUUCAUAACCUUGCCAUCAACCAGCAAAGAUAUAUUGCUCACGCAGACCUGCACACCAGCAUGAAAUCCCUCUUCCAUUUCCCAAACAUUGAGGGGGUAAAAGGUGCUAAAGGAGAGAAAGCAGUGAAUAUAUUUCAGAGCGAGAUUCCGGUCGAGAGAGGUUGCGAGCAGGCCAAUAUCCCGAUAUGGAGCUGUGUGUGCGGAACCAUGAAGAAACUUCCAGCCAAAGAAUGUAAUCAUUUUCACCAAGAAUUGGCAGAGCUUGGAGUAGCACAUAUAAAUAGUCUUCAUAGUCAGAGUCAGUUGAGUAAGGCAGACCCUAGUCUCUCUCUCAGACCCACAUCGUGUAUGGAUCUUAGUUUCAAGAGGCUGCUUCAUGUUUUCAUCAACGAAAAUGAAAAUAAGCCGCUCAACUCGACCCACCGGCGGAGCUAUCACAUGACUUUCCAGACCAUUGAACUGGAUACAAUCUGGGAUCUAGUCGUUGACAAUCAUUACAAUAUAAAACAGGUGAAACAAGUGAGUCUGUACCAGAGAUUUGACGUGUGCUGGGACAAACGAGUUCCUCUACCGUUCUGCGUUUGUGAUCUUAGCAAGAAAGCAGAAGACUUCAUCUGAGCUCAGACCUUGCCCAACGUAUCACUAUGACCUGCGAUUCUCCCAGAUCCAUCUUCAAAGGCAUACGAACCAGAAAUCUUAAUAAUAGCACCACCUCAAGUAGUCAACUACAUGCAUCUCCUAUAUGACUUGGUUCACUUCCCACAAUGCAACAUUCUCAACAAUGUAGGCUUAUUAUAUAGGCCCAGUUUAAUGAACUUCCAUAUACGGACAAAGACUUCCAUCCCAUUUCUCAAAUAAUCAUCAAAACAAUAAGUCUCUUAUUUCAAGCAAUAUAUAACAAUCUCACAGAUUCUAAAUUAAUGCUCUGUAAAACGGACAGAGGUUUAUUGUUACUCGUGUGCAAUUUCUUUAAAGGCCAAGUCCACCAAAACAAGUUUGAAAAUAACAGAAAAUCAUGCAAGCAUAGCAUUAAAAAAAAAUCACAUUUGACAGUAAAAUAGGAAAGUUAUGGCAUUUUUAAUGCAACUUAUUUUCACAUAGACUUAUAAACGUGAACAUGUACUGUAUAUGUAAUGUAAUUUAAUGUAACAAUGUAAUAUACAUCACAGUAGGAAUGCAAAUGAGGAAGCGGAAAAUCACUAUUUAUUUUGUAUUUAUUAAAUGUUAUAUCAAACAUUUAAAGUUUGUAGAUGCUAAAGAAGCUCUUUACAAAAACACAUAACUUUUCAAGUCCCAUGAGGAAUAGACUGACCAUGUUAUGCAAAUAAUUGGUGGAAAUUAAGUUGAAGUGUUUCAUGUGAUGUAAGGAAAUAGUGUGAGACAUAAUUGUGUGUGAUAUCAUUAGCCCCUUCAUUUGCAUAAUGUCCAUGAUAUGCAAGCCACUAUUUUUUUUUGAAAUAAAAAAAACUUUUAAAUGCUCUAACUUUCUUAUUUUUUAGGUAUAUCCACUUUUUAUAUUUUCACUGCUAUGCUUGUUUAAUUUUCUUAAUUCAACCAAAUGUUUGCUGGCAUAGACUUGAGCUUUAAUAAAGUGUAUAUAUAAAUUGAUAUACAUAAUGUAAAUUGAAAACGUCAGUAUAAGAUACUUUAUACAUAUAUAUAAUUACUGAUAUUAAAGACCUUAAAUACA